CCCCGGCGGGGAGCGAUGGAGCGCGGCGCGGCGGGGCCGCUGCCCCUCAGCCGCCUGGCCGAGCCGCUGCUCCGCAGGCUCAGCGAGCUGCUGGACCGCGCGGCGCCCGGCAAGGGCUGGCGGGAGCUGGCGCAGCGAGCGGGGAGCCGCGGCACGGUUCGGCUGAGCCCUCUCGAUUUGGAGCAGUGUUCCCUCCAGGUGCUGGAGCCAGAAGGCAGUCCCAGCUGGAGUCUCCUGAAGCUGCUGGGGGAUCGGGGCUGCACUGUGGUGGAGCUGGCAGAGUCCUUGCAGGCCCUGGAGCACACAGAGGCUCUCCGAUGUCUCAGCCAUUCAGGUAUAAAGAUCAUUGUACAGCCAGACUCUCAAGCAGUGCUCUCUGGUCAGAUUGUCAAGCUGUGCUGCUGGGCAACAGGACACCCAUUUGUGCACUACCAGUGGUUCAAGCAGGAAAAAGAGGUUCCCCACGGUAAUUCUCCAGAACUGGUUUUGAGUCCAGUGAGUGUAAAGGAUUCCGGCUUUUACAUCUGCCGAGUGAACAGUGAAUCUUCUUUCAUGUUCAGUCGGUGGGCACGCCUUGAAGUUUGUGAGCUUCAGGAUACGGCUCAUGGGAGCUUAAUGGGUUUGCCUCAAAACAAGUUGUGCAUUUGUAUUCAGCCUCAGCCACAAAACCUGACAGUGGGGGAUGCUUUGGUACUAGAAUGUGGAGCUGUUGGAAACCCAAUUCCUCAUUACCAAUGGUUCAGAAAUGGAUUUCCUUUGGCAAAUGGGAGCAAAAAUGUCUACACAGUAACUUACGUGGAUGUGGAACAUCAAGGAACAUAUUGGUGUCAUGUAUUCAAUGACCAGGAGGACGAAGACAGCAAGAAGGUAGAAGUCAUUAUAGGAAGGAAAGCUAUGGCAGUGGAGUGCACAGAAGAAGAUUUAAGUGAUCUUCAGGAAUCAGCAGACCCACAAGAAGAGUCAAGUCACAGACCUGUGGCCACAGACAAGGUGGCUCUGUUAAUAGGAAACAUGAGCUACUGGAAUCAUCCCCAGCUCAAGGCUCCAAUGGUAGAUGUCUAUGAAUUGACCAGUUUGCUAAGGCAGCUGGAUUUCAAAGUUGUUUCUUUGCUGGAUCUUACUGAGUCUGAGAUGCGAAAUGCAGUGGAUGAAUUUUUACUUCUCCUAGAUGAAGGAGUUUAUGGUCUGUUAUACUAUGCUGGCCAUGGCUAUGAAAACUAUGGGAACAGUUUCAUGGUUCCUAUUGAUGCCCCGAAUCCCUACCGCUCAGCAAACUGCCUGUGUGUGCAGAAUAUCCUGCGGCUGAUGCAGGAGAAGCAGACGGGACUCAACGUGUUCCUGCUGGAUAUGUGUCGCAAAAGAAAUGAAUAUGAUGACACAAUUCUCAUCUUGGAUGCUCUGAAGGUUACAGCCAACAUUGUUUUUGGAUAUGCAACGUGCCAAGGAGCAGAAGCUUUUGAAAUUCAGCAGUUGGGGUUAGCCAACGGAAUCUUCAUGAAGUUCCUUAAGGACCGUUUGUUAGAAGACAAGAAGAUCACUGUUCUGCUUGAUGAGGUUGCAGAAGGUGAACUCCAGCUUACUGCACUAACAGUCUCCUCAGCCUGCAUUACUAGAAACAACUUUGCUUCCAUGUCCUUCCUCUCAUGGUAUAUGGGCAAGUGUCCCCUUACCAAAGGCAAGCAAGCCCUGGAGAUCCGCAGCAGCUUGUCACAGAAAAGGGCAUUAACUGAUCCUGUUCAACAAAGCACAUCUUCUGCAGAGUCCCUGGCACGAAACCUGCAGUGGGCCAAAGCUCAUGAGCUUCCAGAAAGUAUGUCCCUUGAAUUCCAGUGUGGUGUUCAGAUUCAGUUGGGGUUUGCAGCCGAGUUCUCCAAUGUCAUGAUAAUCUAUACACGGAUAGUAAAGAAGCCCCCUGAAAUCACAGCUUGCAGAGCCCACAUUACAGACUUCCCACUCGACUUGGAUGUAGAUCCUAAAGAGGCCAAUAAAGGAACUCCUGAGGAAACUGGAAGCUAUUUAGUAUCAAAGGACCUUCCCAAACACUGCCUCUACACCAGGCUGAGUUCACUGCAAAAACUAAGGGAACACUUGAUCUUCACUGUUUGCUUGCACUAUGAGUAUUCAGGAAUAGAAGAUACAAUGGAUGAAAGAAAGGAAGUUAAUGUUGGAAAGCCCCUUAUUGCUAAAUUAGGCCUUCACCAUGGAUUCAAAACCAAGAACUGUCCCCAGACCUGUUGCAUGCCUGGUUAUCCUUUUCAUAAUCCAGUAGAGUUGAGUCCAGAGGCAGCUGAAUACUACAUCCCUAGUCAUUGCCAACCCAAUUCCUGUCCAGGUGUUUACCAUCCAAACUGUGCUUGCUCAGCCAGCAUCACACAACCAGAGACAUGUUCCUGCAAUGGGACUUCCAGGAUAUUGGCUUCAAGACAUGAAGUACAGCAUUAUUCACACAUUGUGGGAAAGAGUAAUGUACCAGUAGAGACCACUGAUGAUACUGUUGAACUGGAAUUCUUCCUCUCUGACAGCCUCAGCUUCUCUGAACAGCAAUAGCUGGGAUGUCUUUGGAAUAGACCAGAGUGGCAUCCUUGAAUAGAGGGGUCUCCACACUGCCUCUCCAUCUUCUGGAGUUAGGAGACUUUAGGACAAGGCCCUGGAGAGUCUAGAGCAGAAGCUGGGAAUGAGGUUGUGAUGAAAAUUUUUCAUAUCCUAAGAGACCAAACUGGACCAAUAGAUUUUUUUCUUUUUUUCUUUUCAUUUACUCUUUGUUGUUUGAUACAGGGAAAAAUCUGAACUGCUCAGAGUUUCCUAUUCUGUUCUUUGGCCAUUGUGUGUUAGGAUCAGUCACUGAUGUUCCAGUGCCUUGGAUGUAGCCAAUAAGCAGCUCUGACUGCAUUCUCCUCUCUGAUGGUCAGAUGUCCAGUGUCUGGCAGCAUCUGAGGUGGAUUAAGAUCUGUGCAAGGAACCCAAAACCUAAAGAGCCAGCAAACUGACAUCACUUUUGUUUUUAAGAGAACUACAGAUUAUCAGAGGGAGCAAAGUCACAGAAUCCUACUGUGGUGGAUUGUUCUUCUUAUGAUUUUUUUUUCUUUUACAUAACACUCUUAAGAUUUUUGCUGAUCUGAUACCUGUUUUUUCAUGUUCUGGAAGAACACUAACUGGAAAGAUGAGGGCAAGUGCCUGCUCAUAGCAAGCAGGGUAUUGUAUGGUCAGUCUCACAGACAUGCUGAGGGCUAAAAGUGAAUGGGCAAGAGGAGUGAAAGAAGAAAAGGAAAAAAAAAAGCUCACAAGAAAAGUGAGCUUUUAUUAGGUCUUUGAAAGUCUUGAUGCUUUGAAAAUGCAAAAAUAUUGGGGUGUGAGGAAACUAAAAUCAAAGGAAGUUUUCAGACGGGGUAGUAGCCUCUCCUGCACCGGUAAUAUUGAUAAGUAGUAUUGCUUAAAUUAAGAUCCCCAUCAUAAAAAUAAAAUAAGUGAAUGUUACUGAGGCAGACAGGCCAGUUUCCAUCUCCAGUGGAGAGUGCUGUGAUCUGGUGGCCUGGCAACAUGCUGGAUGGGCACUGAGGGAUGUGCUGGUGUUGCCAUAAAACUUUUGAGAUGGGGAUGUUAAUGCAUCUUUAACUAGAUCUGGUGAUCUUCAGGUUGCUCUAUGCUGAAAGGUGGAUAUAUGUACAUAGAUAUAGCUAUUUCCAGGAUGACAGCCAUGCUUGAAGUAAUCUGUACACGAGCUUGAAUUUCUGGUUUUCCUCCUGCAGGGUGUUAAAUAGUGCCAUACCUAUUAAUGAAUGGGAUGUACCUGCAUUAACUAUUCUGUGCAGUUGACUUGUAUCAUAUUAUAGCUUGAGACAUGGUCUAGGAGUGUGAUAUUUAGCUAAUACGUUGUCAGUUUCCUAAUUUCUAUAAAAGCUUAUUCUUUUUUCUUACUGUGUAAUAAACUGUUGUCCACAAAAUUA